AUGGCGCCGACGCCUAUCCUACUUGCACCGGAGCGUGCACGAGCCUCUGGCAUCACCCUGGCAGAUCAUGAAUCCGCUUUCCGCGAGAACUCGGCGACAAUCGUAAUGCCCUCGGCUGAAGCUGCCUUCCUCAAUCCCGUUCAGGAGUUCAACCGUGAUCUGUCCACCCUGGCUAUUCGCACCUGGAGUGAACGAUUCGACGCUGAGAAGAAGGCACGCUUCCUACGAGCUGCUCAGCGAAAGGCUGUCUCUGCCGCCAACAAGGGCAAAGGAAAGCGCAAAGGAGCUGCUUGCCCCACCCAUGGAUCCACCGACGCCGAUGUUGCUGCGACAGAUGCAGAAAAGCCGGGCACCAAGAGGGCGCGUAUCGAUGCCCACCGAAACGGCGCCACAACUUUCACAUCUGCCGAGGGCGCACUGUCGGACGAAGCACCACAAGGAGCAUCACAAGAAGCACCACAAGCAUCGCGCAGCGCCGUAGUAGCGCCGAUCGAGGACGAGUAUCGCAGCUAUCAGUUUACCCUGCUAGAGGCGCUCAGCGCAACUGGUCUUCGUAGCAUUCGCUAUGCGAAGGAGAUUCCUCUGUUGCGCUGGGUGCUGGCCAACGAUCUUUCGCCGACGGCGGUCGAGAUGAUGAAACGUAACGUAGCGCUCAACUUUCCGCCGGAUCGUCCAAUUGAUGAAUGGAUCGUUUCCGAGGUGAGCAAAGAAAAAGCCAGCAGUAGCUUGACAAGGAUCGAGAGCGAAGAGCACAUGGACGAGGAUGCACUGGCCGAAAGGGAGAACGAGGCGCGAGCGAGUGCGGCAGCAAAGUCGGCAGCAACUUCAUCAGCAGAUCCCAUAACAGCAGAGGCAACCACUACGGCAUCAUCUGUCAUUGACCCUCCAGCAGCUUCCAUCGAGCCUCAGGCAUCAUCAGCAGCCAUUCACCCGGACUGCAAGGUCAAGCUCAAUGCUGGAGACGCCAUCACCCUGAUGUACACGCACCGCGAACCACACAAGCGUUUCGACGUGGUCGACCUGGACCCUUAUGGCUCAGCCGCGCCCUUCUUGGACGGAGGUGUUCAGUCGGUUGCCGACGGUGGUCUGCUCUGCGUCACUUGCACCGACUUGGCCGUCCUCGCAGGACACAAUUAUCCAGAAAAGUGUUUCUCACAAUACGGCGGUGUUUCUGUCAAGGCCGAAUUCUCACACGAAGUUGCACUCCGACUCGUCCUUCACACCAUUGCCACCUCGGCCGCACGAUACGGUCGCUAUAUCCAGCCCGUCCUGAGUCUUUCGAUCGAUUUCUACCUGCGCACCUUUGUUCGGGUUUGGACUGGGCCUGUCGAAGUUAAAAACGUCGCCAGUAAAACUGGCACCGUCUAUAUCUGCACACACUGUCAGGACUUCCACAUACAGCGGUUUGGGCGCGCAACCCAAACUACCAACACGGGCAAAACGGGUCAGACAAACAUCAACUACCGCUACAACUCGGCUCAGGGACCGCCGGUGGGCGAACAAUGUAACGAGUGCGGCAACCGGAUGCAUCUCGGUGGACCAAUGUGGUUGGGCGACCUGCACGAUGCCGAAUUCUGCAACUCACUUCUCUCGAACCUCGACGAAAUCCCCUCGGCCUUCCACACAAGCGCACGUAUUCGAGGUAUGGUCAGUCUUGCAGCUCAAGAGCUAUCAGGCGACAAGAGCCUGUUUUACUUUACCCCACCCAAAGCGUCGGGAUUGUUCCACUGCGUCUCGCCCCCGCUCGACAAGAUGGUCUCCGCUCUUCUUUCCGCGGGCUUCCGUGUAAGUCGAUCACACGCUGCAGCUGGAUCGCUCAAGACGGACGCGACGCGAGCACAGGUGUUCGAUAUCUUGAGGUACUGGGUCAAGACCCAACAUCCUGUCAAGAUGGAAAACAUGAAACCGAACGAUCCGGCUCGAGUUUUGCUGCAAAAGGAGCCCCAGAGAGAGUACGAUUUCGACAAUACCAAGGCCAAGGAGGUGCUGGAUGCGUUGGGAGCGAGUGAGAAAUUGGUCAGGUACCAGAACAAUCCACUGCCCAACUGGGGUCCUGGUACAGCAGCCAAGGGUCACAGGGGAAAGAAGAAGAGGAACCUGCGUCCGGACGAUCUGCGGUCUGCAGAGCAGCUUUGA